AGCACUGUUUGUUUUACUAAGUAUAGAGAGUUGUUUGCAGGAAAUAUUAACGUUUAGUUACAAACAGAAGGUUUGUCUCGCAAUUCUCAUUGUUUCAAUUUUUAUUUUGAAAAAUAUAGAUAGUGAAUUCUUUAUCAGUCGGUAUGCCGACACAAUAGAAGAACAUAUCGACCAAAACAAGUCUAUGGAUCCGUCAGAAAAUAGAAGAAUUUUAAAAAGGCUAAAUAGUGUUAGACAACUAAGUGAUUAUUUGAAAAGAAACAACGACACAAUAAAGAGGAGUUUAAGACCAGCCUGUUUGGAAGCAACUCUAGAGCCAGAUGAUAUUCCAAAAACUACAGAACCUGUAUGGAUACUGGGAAAAAGAUAUAAUGCUAUGAAUGAUAUCUAUGAGAUAAGACAAGACAUUAUUUCGAAAAUAUGGAUAACAUACAGGAAAUGUUUUGUACCAAUUGGUGGCAGCGAAGGACUUACUUCGGAUAAAGGAUGGGGUUGCAUGUUGAGGUGUGGACAGAUGGUACUCGCUCAAGCACUUGUUUCCCUUCAUUUAGGCAGAGACUGGUUAUGGGAUCCACAAACUCAAGACUCAACCUACCUUAAGAUCUUGAGAAAGUUUGAGGAUACCAGGCAGGCCCCUUACUCAAUUCACCAAAUCGCCCAAAUGGGCGAUUCUCUGGGAAAGUCAGUUGGACAGUGGUUUGGUCCAAAUACUGUUGCGCAAGUUUUGAAGAAAUUAGUAAGGUAUGAUGAAUGGAGCAAACUCUCCAUUCAUGUAGCUCUGGACAACACUAUUAUAAUCAAUGAUAUAAGAGAGUUAUGUUGUCCUGUUGAUUCCAAAAAUUCUGACACAAAUAAGAUGAAUUCGGAAUGGAAACCACUGUUACUUAUAGUGCCUUUGAGAUUAGGAAUCACCAAUAUCAAUCCCAUUUAUAUUAGCUGUUUACAGAAAUGUUUUCAGUUCAAACAAAGCUUAGGCAUUAUUGGUGGAAAGCCAAAUGUUGCUUUAUACUUCAUAGGAUGUGUUGGAAAGGAACUGAUAUAUCUAGACCCACACAAUACUCAAAAAACUGGUUUCGUUGGGAAUAAAGAGACACCAGAACAAAUUGAAAUAGAUAUAACCUAUCACUGUAGAUAUGCAUCUAGAAUUAAUGUAACCAAAAUCGAUCCUUCAGUAGCUGUGUGCUUUUUUUGUAAAACAGAAUCAGACUUUGAUGAAUUUUGUCAGCGAGUGAAAACUGACUUGAUUGAUAGGGAAAAAGAGCCAAUGUUUGAAAUAAGCCUUGACAAACCAAAAGAAUGGUCGCCAACACUAGAAAGUGCAGUUGAAGCCAAUGCCUCGUCAUUUUCAGAGAUUCAAGCAGCUGAUGGCAAACAAAUCGACUCUGAGAAUGAAUUUGAAAUGGUUUAGAUAUGAAGUUAUGAUAUAAUAUUUUUUAUUGUCCCAUUGUCCAAACUUUUAUAUUUACAUUACUGGAAUUGAAAAUCUUACAAGCUUAAUGAAAAGAAAAUGUUGAGAUGCAUUUAUAUAUCAAAUUGUAAAUACACUAUGCAUAAGAUGUUAAACGAAUUUUGGGUGUACAUACGAUAUUGACAAUUUUUUUAUUUAUUUUAAAAAUGAUUUCUAUUUGUUACCUAUUC